UCCUCCUUCUCAAGUACACGCGGCCAGUCCGUCGUCGCCUUCUCCAUCUUCUCGUCUCGCGCGCCGGCCAUGCUGCAGGCGGGCUCGGAGCGGCGGUUACUACCGGCGGGGAGCAUGUGGGUGCCGGGGAUGAGCCUGCAGCCGGCGCCGUACGGGGGCGCGUCUCCGUCGGCGAGGGCGCUGGAGAUCGCGCGGAGGCGGGACGAGAUGCUCGGGAUGCUGCACGGCCUCCCCGAGUCCGACUACGAGCUCUCCCUCACCGACCUCGUCGAGAAGACCGCCGGUGGCCUGCCCCUUCCGCCGCCGCUGCCGCCGAGCCCGAGCGAGAGGAAGGAGCCGAUCCCGAGCCCCCUGGGGAGGCCGGGUUGGCCGUCCGACCAGCAGACGGCGGCGAAGACGGAGAGGCGGGGCUCCUCGAGAAGGCGGAGCGAGAGCGGGAGCGGGAGCGCGAGGAGCAGCUUCCGCAGCAGCAGCGACAGCGUCCUCCUCAACUUCUACAUGCCCCGCUCCAUCACCCGCAGCUUCACCGCCCCGCGCGCCGGCGGCCGCGGGCCAUCGGUCCCCGCCAGGGCCGCCGUCGUUCCCGACGACUCCAACAAGAGGGAGAGAGACAGCGACUCCGUCAAGUGCUGGCCGAUGAUGCCGUGGGACCGGCGGUGGCGGAAGUCCAGCCGGCGGGACGCGGCCGGCGGCGAGUUUGAGGCAAUCCUAAAGAACUAAUCUGCUCCCGAAGAAAAGUCUCAAGACUCUGACGUCGUCCAUGAAAACGAACGCAGGUCUGACGAACUCUGGGUGUGCUCACACGUGUUUGGGGUUCUGUACAUACUUCAUACGCGAUACGGUUUGGCUGUUUAGUUUCUAGUGGUACGAGUGUAGUAUACGAGGUCCGAAAAGGACUCUUAUCUUCUGGACUGAUUGUGUGUAUAGAACCAAUAUAUGCUAGUUUGCCUUCCCUGCCAUGCAAUGCAACAUAAUUUGACAACCAAGAGAUCAAAGUGGGGGUAUUAUCUAUCCCCUGCAACAUUCGACCAGAAAAGCAUGUGAAUGUUCCGGUCAUAACUGUGAUUCUUGUUCCCUAAAAAAAACUGUGAUUCUUGUGUGUUU